UUUCACAACGUUCAAUAUUUACGGCGUAGAAUUGAUCGUUUCACACUUGGUGUGUUCAGACACACUGCGCUGGGUAUAAUACUUUAGUUUUUCACAAGUGACAUUUGUGAAUAAAAUUAUAUUUAUAUUAUAAUUUAGAAAAAUUAUAAAUAUCAGAAUAACAUUUACAAUUAUUCUUGGAUUUGAAUACUCUUCAUAUCUAUUGCCAACAUUUCAUUUAUGGUACUGAAGCGGAAGUUCACGUUUGUCUUUCCUCCAGAAACUUGACCAUUCCUUCUUUCUUUCAAAGGGAGUCUGCCUUCGUUGGCAGUCAUUUGUCGUGUAUUGAGAAAAUAAUCGCAGAUCAUCCAAAAUGGUGAACUUUACCGUAGACGAGAUCCGUGUGAUGAUGGACAAGAAGCGGAACAUCCGUAACAUGUCCGUCAUCGCCCACGUGGAUCACGGCAAGUCGACGCUGACCGACUCCCUCGUCUCCAAGGCGGGAAUCAUUGCCAGCGCCAAGGCCGGCGAGACCCGGUUCACUGACACCAGGAAGGACGAGCAGGAACGUUGUAUCACCAUCAAAUCAACGGCCAUCUCUAUGUUCUUUGAGCUUGAGGACAAGGAUCUGGUGUUCAUCACGAACCCGGACCAGCGUGACAAGGGAGAGAAGGGUUUCCUCAUCAACUUGAUCGAUUCGCCCGGACACGUCGACUUCUCCAGCGAGGUCACGGCCGCCCUGCGUGUCACCGAUGGAGCUCUCGUCGUUGUCGACUGUGUCUCUGGUGUGUGCGUGCAAACUGAGACAGUGCUGCGACAGGCGAUUGCUGAGAGAAUAAAGCCUGUGCUUUUCAUGAACAAGAUGGACCGCGCUCUGCUGGAGCUGCAGCUGGAGUCUGAGGACCUCUACCAGACCUUCCAGAGAAUCGUCGAAAACGUCAACGUCAUCAUUGCUACCUACAGCGAUGACUCGGGCCCCAUGGGCGAAGUUCGGGUUGACCCCAGCAAGGGAAGUGUUGGUUUCGGAUCCGGUCUCCACGGAUGGGCCUUCACCCUCAAGCAGUUUGCUGAGAUGUAUGCCGAGAAAUUCAAGAUUGAUGUUGUCAAGCUCAUGAACAGAUUGUGGGGAGAGAACUUCUUCAACCCCAAAACAAAGAAAUGGGCCAAGCAGAAGGAAGAAGACAACAAGCGUUCUUUCAACAUGUACGUUUUGGACCCCAUCUACAAGGUGUUCGACUGCAUCAUGAACUACAAGAAGGACGAGGCCGCCGUCCUCUUGCAGAAGCUGGGAAUUGAGUUGAAACCCGAGGACAAGGAGAAGGACGGCAAACAGCUGUUGAAGGUGGUGAUGAGAACAUGGCUGCCGGCGGGCGAAGCGCUGCUGCAGAUGAUAGCCAUCCACCUGCCGUCACCCGUGGUCGCGCAGAAGUACAGAAUGGAAAUGUUGUACGAGGGCCCCCAUGACGACGAGGCCGCCAUUGGAGUGAAGAACUGUGACCCCAACGCACCACUCAUGAUGUACAUCUCUAAGAUGGUGCCCACCUCAGACAAAGGUCGCUUCUACGCGUUCGGCCGUGUCUUCUCCGGCAAGGUAGCCACCGGAAUGAAGGCCCGCAUCAUGGGCCCCAACUUUGUGCCCGGCAAGAAGGAGGAUCUGUACGAGAAGGCCAUCCAGCGCACCAUUCUGAUGAUGGGUCGUUAUGUGGAAGCCAUUGAGGAUGUGCCCUCUGGAAACAUCUGUGGUCUGGUCGGUGUUGACCAGUUCCUCGUCAAGACGGGAACCAUCACCACCUUCAAGGACGCCCACAACAUGCGUGUCAUGAAGUUCAGUGUGUCGCCUGUCGUCAGAGUUGCUGUCGAGCCCAAGAACCCCGCCGAUCUGCCCAAGCUUGUCGAAGGUCUGAAGCGUUUGGCCAAAUCAGAUCCUAUGGUGCAAUGUAUCAUUGAGGAAUCUGGAGAACAUAUUAUUGCUGGAGCUGGAGAACUGCAUUUGGAAAUCUGUUUGAAGGACUUGGAAGAAGAUCACGCGUGCAUUCCCAUCAAGAAGUCGGACCCAGUUGUGUCUUACCGUGAAACAGUCAGUGAAGAGUCCGACCAGAUGUGUCUGUCCAAGUCGCCCAACAAGCACAAUCGUCUCUUUAUGAAGGCCGCUCCUCUGCCUGAUGGUCUUGCAGAGGACAUUGAUAACGGAGACGUGAAUGCAAGAGACGACUUCAAGAGCAGAGCCAGAUAUCUGGGAGAGAAAUACGACAUGGACGUGACUGAAGCCAGGAAAAUCUGGUCGUUUGGACCUGAUGGAACUGGACCUAAUCUGCUCAUCGAUUGCACAAAGGGAGUUCAGUACUUGAACGAAAUCAAGGAUUCCGUUGUUGCUGGAUUCCAGUGGGCCUCAAAGGAGGGAGUGUUGUCAGAAGAGAACAUGCGCGCGGUGCGUUUCAACAUCUACGACGUGACGCUGCACGCUGACGCCAUCCAUCGCGGCGGUGGUCAGAUCAUCCCGACGACGCGUCGCUGCCUGUACGCGUCCUACCUGACGGCGGCGCCUCGCCUCAUGGAGCCCGUCUACCUGUGCGAGAUCCAGUGCCCCGAGGUGGCCGUCGGAGGCAUCUACGGUGUGCUCAACCGUCGCCGUGGUCACGUGUUUGAGGAGAUGCAGGUGGCCGGAACACCUAUGUUUGUCGUCAAGGCUUACCUGCCCGUCAACGAGUCGUUUGGAUUCACCGCUGACCUGCGCAGUAACACCGGCGGUCAGGCGUUCCCACAGUGUGUGUUUGAUCACUGGCAGCAGCUGCCUGGAGAUCCACUCGACAACGGAACUAGGCCAUACAAUGUAGUCCAGGACACAAGGAAAAGGAAGGGAUUGAAAGAAGGCUUGCCUGAUAUAACACAGUAUCUUGACAAAUUGUAAGCCUAAUAAAGAACUAAACAGGGAAACAAAUUUUUUAUGAUUCAAAUUUCCCAUCAAACAACAUCAAUAUUUUCAUCUCGUAUCUGGGAGCAGCAUUGUAUAUUCUUUUCAUAUUUUUUGACAACUUAUUUAUAUAUUCUCAGUAAUUUGUUUUUCAACUCAAUGGAGUGAAAAUAUUGUGAUGCUAUUAUAUUUGUCUGUUUUUUUAAAGAUUCAGUUUGUAAUAUUGAAGAGAAAAUAGAGCAAUAUUGAAUCAGAA